AGACACUGGAGUAAUGGUAAAACUGUAUCCAAACAUGACUGCUGUGCUACUUCAUAACUCACAACUCGACCAACGAAAGAUUAAACAUCCCACUGCCCUAGGAUUAGAAGUUGGCCAAGAAAUUCAGGUCAAAUAUUUUGGCCGUGAUCCAGCUGAUGGAAGAAUGAGGCUAUCUCGUAAAGUACUUCAAUCUCCAGCUACAACUGUUGUCAAAACUCUAAAUGAUAGAAGUAGCAUUGUAAUGGGAGAGCCUGUUUCACAGUCAUCAUCUAACUCUUCCCCUUGACUCUUUUGAAAUGGUAUUCAAUGGUGAUAUUCUGUGGGACUAUUUUAAUAGUACUAUUUACUGUGUAGAUUUAUGUAUAAUUUAAAUAUAAUUAUUUGUAUUAAAAUGCUCAUUUCAUGUGCCUUUUUUAUUUCAAGAGUAACAUGUAUUUGCUUACUCUUAUUUAGAUUUUAAAUAUUAUUAAAAGCUAUUUUUAUAUCUUAGAAAAGAUUACCUUUUUGUUCCUGUAAUUAUGAACUACUGAUAAAUAGAGCAGUUAUUCUUUCCUAAGGAUCUUUUCUUAUACCUUCCUUUUCUUCAUAUAUAGUAAUGUCCAUUCUCCCAUAGUUCAUCUUAUGGCUCACCUCUGCUCAACAACUGUGCUUGCCUACUACUAUUUUAUACACUGGAACUUGCCAUUUUAAAAGCCAGAACCUAUUUCUUCAGAGCAAGCACACAUUUAACUGGCAUUGAGGGAGCUGGUUUGAUUCAGUUUUUAAUGAUAAGUGUUUCAAGUGGGUCACAAAACAAUAAAUAUAGUGGGAUGAGUCCUAUAAAUGUGAUUCUUGCUGGAGUGAAAUAAUUUCUUAACUACCUAUUAUAAAGAUUAUGCACUCA